CGCCCCUAUCUCUGCCUCCUUCCAGCUGCCCUUUCUUGUGUCUGCUUGCCUGGAUGCUCUGGCAACCAUGAGCCGACAGUUUAGCUCUCAGUCCGCAUUUAGCUCAAGGAGCAAGAGAGUUUACAGCCUUGGCUCUUCUGCAGGCUCUGGUGGUGGGAGUCGGGCUGUGGGGUCCGUGUGUCAGGCCCGAGGGAGGAGUGGCGGUGGUGGGUAUGGGAGCCGGGCGAGGGGGUUUGGCUCUUGGAGCCUCUACAAUCUGGGUGGCAGUAAAAGCAUCUCCGUUAACCUAGUGGAGAGAAGCACCAGUAGUUUUGGCCAGGGUGCGGGAGCAGGAAGGGGAUUUGGAGGGGGCAGAAGCUUUGGGGGUGGUGGUUUUGGGGGUGGUGGCUAUGGAGGAGGUGGUUUUGGGGGUGCUGGGUUUGGGGGUAGGAAUUUGGGGCUUGGGGCCUUUGGUCCUUCCUGUCCCCCGGGGGGCAUCCAAGAGGUGACUAUCAACCCGAGCCUCCUGCAGCCACUUCACCUGGAGGUGGACCCUGAAAUUCAGAGAGUCAAGACCCAGGAGCGGGAGCAGAUCAUGGCUCUCAACAACAAGUUCGCCUCCUUCAUUGACAAGGUGAGAUUCCUGGAGCAGCAGAACCAGGUGCUACAAACAAAAUGGGAGCUGCUGCAGCAGAUGAAUACGUCGACUCGGACCAACAACCUGGAGCCCUUCUUGGAGAACUAUAUCAGUGAGCUGCGGAGGCAGGUGGAUUUUCUCAAUGCGCAGCAGAUGCGCCAGAACACGGAGGUCAUGAGCAUGCAAGAUGUGGUGGAGGACUACAAGAACAAAUAUGAGGAAGAAAUCAACCGGAGGACCAACAAUGAGAAUGACUUUGUCAUCCUGAAGAAGGAUGUGGACGCUGCCUAUAUGAACAAAGUGGACCUGCAGUCCAAGGUGGACGCUCUGUUUGGGGAGGUCAAUUUCCUGAAACAAUUAUUUGAGAUCGAGCUGUCCCAGAUGCAGACCCAGAUCAGUGACACCAAUGUCAUCGUGUCCAUGGACAAUAACCGCUCCCUGGAUCUGGACAGCAUUAUCAGCGCUGUGCAGGUGCAGUAUGAGAUGAUCGCCCAGAAGAGCAAGGAGGAGGCGGAGGCCCUGUACCAGACCAAGUACCAGGAGCUCCAGGUGACAGCGGGAAUGCAUGGAGAUGAUCUGAAGAAAAGCAAGAUGGAGAUUACAGAGCUCAACCGCACCAUCCAGAGGCUGCAGGCAGAGAUCAGUAAUGUCAAGAAGCAGAUUGAGCAGAUGAACUCAGUCAUUUUGGAAGCAGAGGAGAGAGGACAGCGGGCCCUCCAGGACGCGGGGCAGAAGCUGCAGGGCAUGGAGGAGGCCCUGCAACAAUCCAAGGAGAACAUGGCCCGGCUGCUGCGUGACUACCAGGCAUUGCUGGGAGCCAAGCUGUCCCUGGACGUGGAGAUCGCCACCUACCGCAGGCUGUUGGAGGGCGAGGAGAGCAGGAUGUCAGGAGAACUGCAGAGCCACGUGAGCAUCUCUGUGCAGAGCAGCCAGAUGUCCCUCAGUGGCUCAGGGGGCGGAGGUGGCCGAGGCUCUGGAGGUUACAGCGGCGGCGGCGGCGGCGGCGGCGGCGGCGGCGGCAGCGGCGGUGGCAGCAGCUGGGGCUACGGAGGCAGCGGCGCCGGGAGCUCUCUGGGGGGCGGCAGUGGAGGUGGUUAUGGGAGCAGCGGCGGUGGGAGCAGCAAGUACAAGGGCAGAAGCGGCGGGAGUUCUUCCCGCGUGCAGAUCAUCCAAACUUCUACUAACACCUCCCACACGCGAAUCAUGGAGUAG